AACCUCUCAGGAAAGUAAGUGUUUCAUCAAGAGUUGAUCGUCCUGUUUUUUAAAGCACUGAAAUGUGUGGAUGUUUGCACAGGGUUCGUUUGUGGCGUCUGAUGUAGAGCAGCUGAAACAGGCAAUAGAGGAGUGCAAGAGACUGAUCCUGGAACUGCCAGAACAUUCUGAGAAACAGAAGGACACAGUGGUUAAACUAAUCCACCUUCGGCUCAAACUACAGGAACUAAAGGACCCAGAGGAAGAUGAGCCAAACCUGCAGGUUCUAUUAGAACAUCGCUUCUCAAAGGAGAAGAGCAAGAGUGUGAAACAGACAUGUGACAAGUGUAGCACCAUCAUAUGGGGUCUCAUUCAGACUUGGUAUACCUGCACAGGCUGUUAUUACCGUUGCCAUAGUAAGUGCAUGAAUCUGAUCAACAAACCAUGUGUGAGGUCAAAGGUCAGCCAUCAGUCUGAAUAUGAACUCAACAUCUGUCCUGAGGUCGGUCUAGACAAACAGGAUUACAGAUGUGCUGAGUGCCGGACACCCAUCUCUUUGCGGGGUGUUCCUAAUGAGGCACGGCAGUGUGAUUAUACGGGUCAGUAUUACUGCAGCAGCUGCCACUGGAAUGACACAGCCAUCGUUCCAGCUAGAGUCAUACACAACUGGGAAUUCGAGCCUCGUAAGGUGUGUCGUUCAUCCAUGCGCUAUCUUGCUCUGAUGUUGUCAAGGCCUGUGCUCAGACUUAAAGAGAUCAACCCUCUGCUAUUCAACUUUGUGGAGGAGCUGGUGGAGAUCAGAAAAUUACGUCAGGAUAUCUUGCUAAUGAAGCCAUAUUUCAUCACCUGCAAGGAGGCCAUGGAGGCCCGACUCCUGCUGCACCUUCAAGACCGUCAGCAUUUUGUGGAGAAUGAUGACAUGUACAGCCUACAGGACCUGAUUGACACCUCCAGUGGGCGUCUCAGCUGUUCCCUCACUGAAAUUCACACAACUUUUGCCAAACAUAUUAAACUGGACUGUGAGAAAUGCCAGGCCAAAGGCUUCAUGUGUGAAUUGUGCAAAGAGGGUGACAUUCUCUUUCCAUUCGACAGCCACACCUCCCUCUGUCAUGACUGUUUUGCUGUUUUCCACAGGGAUUGCUACUAUGAUAACUCGACCACAUGUCCACGCUGUGCGAGAAUGCUGGAACGCAAAAAUGAGGAGUCUCUGAACCCAUAGAUCAGCCUGAUGGAUGGAUGCCUUGCAAACACUGUGAAAUCUUCAAAGCCAGAACUCUGGCAUGUGGGUCUUGUCUCAUCUGUAAUUUAUUUCUUCCUGAGGUUUGUACCAUGCUCCUGUCAGAUUCUGUAUUGUCAUAGAUUUGGUGUGAUCAGCAUAGCAGGAAAACCUAAUGGCUUUUAAAACCAGUUUCCCUAUUUUUUUUCUAUAAAUAUGACAUUUUUUUGUUACUGUUAAAUGUCUAAACAGAAAUCAUCAAUGUCAAACUUUAACAAUGACAUGUUCUAGAUCAGUUGGAUCUAAAGAUUCCUACACAUAAUUCUGGGUAGCAUGCUUGUUUAAGGGAUCAGGCAAAAAUACUACAAGGCAACACUAUGAUUUACUUUAUAGUUAUAUUCCCAUAAUAUACUGUGGCUUAAAAAUGUUGUAGAUAAUAUUCUAAAGGUUAUAUUGUGCUCUCAUUUUAUAAGAUCAACAUGGUCAUGUUUUAAUCUAUUCAUGUAUCUGAGGAGAACCACUACUUCAGUUAUAUCCAAAAUGUCAUUAGAUGUUUUUGUACGGAUUAUGUAACAGUCAUUACUGGUUUAAGAAUUUUACAGUUACCCGGUGUUACAUAUGCUAUUAAAUGGCAGAAUGCUAUUUAAUUGUCUCUGUAAUAAUAACUCUGCAAAAGAGCCUAUGACGUGUUAUGAAGUCCAAUAUCUAAGAUCUCUUUACACAAAGCAUGAAUAAAAAUGAAAAUAAAGGAA